AUGGGUCGCGUCCGUACCAAGACAGUCAAGCGUUCCGCUAAGGUCAUCAUCGAGCGUUACUACCCCAAGUUGACGCUCGACUUCGAGACCAACAAGCGCAUUUGCGAUGAGAUCGCUAUCAUUGCCUCCAAGCGUCUCCGCAACAAGAUUGCUGGUUACACCACCCACCUUAUGAAGCGUAUCCAGCGUGGCCCUGUCCGCGGUAUCUCCUUCAAGCUUCAGGAGGAGGAGCGUGAGCGCAAGGAUCAGUACGUUCCUGAGGUCUCUGCUCUGGAUGUCUCCCAGACCGAGUCCGGCCAGCUCGAUGUCGAUGCCGACACCAAGGAUCUCCUCAAGAGCCUGGGUUUCGACAACCUCAAGGUCAACGUCGUCAACGUCACCCAGCAGCAGGUCCAGGAGCGCCCCCGUCGCUACCGGUAA